AUGUUCACAACUAGCCGUAGCGCAAAUAAGUCGCAUCGGGACAGUUUCUCAUAUAGAGCGGGAAAGUCGAUGAGCAGCAAGAGACAGAAGUCGUUCAAAGAGCAUCCUUCUACCAGACGUAUCAGCACCCAGCAACCAAUACAGGCUUCCUCGUUACAGUCGUCUCCGACGAGAGCGGGAAGUUCGCCAACAUCCCCCAACCUUACCUCAGCCAUCGUCACGAUAGCCGUCGGUCCCGAAUCAAGGCUCUUCGCCUGUCACGAAGAGGUGCUCCUCAAGUCACCAUACUUUGCUGAAGCCUGUCGCGCCCAAUUCUUCGAGUCGUCGGGUAAACGCUUCAGCCUCCCCUCCGAGAAUCCCGAAGUCUUCUCAGCCAUCUUAGAAUACCUUUACAAGGGGGACUAUACGCCGAAAGUCAACUUCGACAAGAAGCGUAACAGCUGGUACCUUGAACAUGCAGAGGGUACGCAUAAGGGCAUGAAUGAAAGCACCAUCUGCACCCCCAGCGGCGUUGCCGUACUGAAAGACACUGUCAUCUACUGCUCCGGCCACCGCUACCAGCUACCUGAACUCCAACGGUUGGCUUUGAAGAAGCAAGGCUUGCAAUCGGGUGUUCAGUGCAGCAYGAUACUCAGCUCAGCACGUUACGCUUAUGCCAACACCCCGGCAUCGGACUCGAAGCURAGAGCUCAUUAUCUCGCUCUUAUCAUACGGAGUCGAAGUACAUUCAAGCGAAGCGGGACUAUGCAGAUGGAAAUGGAAGCAGGAGGCACACCCUUGUUCUUCGACCUGUUUGUGGCGAUGGUCAACCAUCUCGAUGACAUUGCUGCCUCCCGCUCGCCACGCACGUAA